AUGGGCCUCCUCUGGCUUGGAUGGCUCUGCGCCCACCCGGGCCCCGCUCCUUGGCACUGCCCAGGGCCCGCUCUCGUGGCUUUCUUGGCGUCGGCGCGGGUGCCCACCCUGCAGCGUGGCCGGGCUGUGGCCUCAGCCCUGGGCGCUGAGCUCCGGGGUCCCCGGGGAGCCGGCGCCCAGCCUCCCCUCUCCCUGCCCGGCUCUCAGGUUUCCGCCGCCUCGGCCGCCGCCGCCACGGCCCAGAGUCGGGGCCUGGGAGGGCGGCAGCGUGGGGGCCUGAGCCGGAGCCCCCCGGGGACGAGGGUGCUGACAGCCGCCACCGCGGGAGCCCGCCGGCCAGACUUCCUCCUCCUCCCGCAGACCAUGUCCUUCACUCUCCAGGAGCCGGGGAGCCCUCCAAGUGCUGGGGUGCCUUACUGCGACCUGCCACGCCGCCCGCCUGCCUCUGAGGACCCUCCCCGUCCCUCGACCUCCGGCUGCCAGUCCGUGGCGGGCCCGGGCCUUGGGCCAGGGCCUGAGAGGGGCCGGUCAGCAGGGUCCUCCGCAGAGGCGCCCACAGCUGCCCCUGGACACAGGAGCCAGGAGCCGGAGGCAGUGCCCUAUCUGGGGGGUCUGGCCUCCUCCCUGGGAGGCAGCUUUGACGAAGGCCCUGAGUCUGGCACCAGCUCCAGCCCUGACUGCAACACCCCUGAUGAUACCAGCGACUCGUCCUCCGUGGACUGGGACACUGUUGAAAGGCGGGAGGAGGCCUCCAGCAGGGACGAGCUCACCACGAUGAUCCCGAGGAAGCCCCAGGAAGGGUCAAGAGCUGACAGUGCCCGAAGGGCUCCAUCUCUCCUCACCCGGUCCCCCGUGGGAGGGGAUACCGCAGGCCAGAGAAAGGAAGACACCAGUGGGAGCCGAAGUGCCGGACAGCACUGGGCGAAGCUCCGGGGAGAGAGUGGGAACUUCUUGGAGCGGCACCGGUUGGCACUAACCCCGGCUUCCUGUGCGACACUGCAGGGCGGACCUCGCAGUGCCACCCCCCAGACUUCUUCUCUUCGCUGUUCUGCCCAGAGGGAUGUUGCCCAGACUGCUUCCACACAGUUCGAUACCCCCCGAGCCUCCUCUCCCACACAAAUCGCCCAACGGGACAAACCCAGAACCUCAUCCACCCAACAGGACAUCCCCAGGACCUCUCUCACACAGCACAACACCCCCAGAGCAUCCUCUCCCUCAAGAAUCGCCCAACAGGAUAACCCCAGAACCUCCUUCGUCCAACGAAACAGUCCUCAAGUUUCCUCUCCCACCAGAGCCACCCGACAAGACAACUCUAGAACCUCUUCUAUCCAACAGGACAACCCUCAGACUUCUUUUCCCACAUGUAUUCCCCAGAGGGACAACCCCAGAGCCUCCUCUCCCAACAGAACCAUCCAUCGGAGCAACCCUAGAACAUCCUGUGCCCAACUGGACAAUCCCAGAGCCCCCUCUCCCAACAGAGAAGUUUGA